GGGAGCGGUAGUCCCCCUGCGGCGCGCGCGCGCCGCCAGGCGGGCCGGGGCGUGUCCUCGGGGGUAUAUAGCCAGCCGGAGGGGCAGGGGGCUGCACUCUGCCGCCGCCGCCCCUCUCUCCAGCAGCUUCUAUGCAAUCCUCGGCCAUCGCCGCUCCCUCCUGCGUUGAGCCCGCGCCGGCCUCCCAGACUAGGAUGGAAGAGGAACUGGCAGCUCCUUCCACAUCCACAGACAAGACAGACAGUAUGGAUGUGGAUGGAGAAUCAAAGAAACUACUGGGUUUGGGGCAGAAGCACUUGGUAAUGGGAAAUAUUCCAGCUGCUGUGAAUGCAUUCCAGGAAGCUGCAAGCUUACUGGGUAAAAAGUACGGUGAGACAGCGGAUGAGUGUGCAGAAGCUUUUUUUUAUUAUGGAAAAUCUCUCCUGGAGUUGGCAAGAAUGGAAAAUGGUGUGCUGGGAAAUGCCUUAGAAGGGGUGCAGGUGGAAGAGGAAGGAGAAAAAGCAGAAGAAGACUCUGCACUGCCAGCUGCUGAUGAAACAGAAGAAUCUGAAGAGGAAGACAAAGAAAAUGAUAAAGCUGAUGAUGAUAAGGAGAAUGAAUUGACAGUGGAAGACAAGGAAAGUGAGGAGGAUGAAAUUGGCAAUCUUGAGCUAGCCUGGGACAUGCUAGAGUUAGCAAAAGUCAUUUACAAAAGACAAGAAACAAAAGAAGCUCAGCUUCAUGCAGCUCAAGCUCAUCUGAAGUUAGGAGAAGUUAGCAUUGAAUCUGAGAACUACACACAGGCAAUAGAGGAGUUCCAGGCCUGCCUGGCCCUGCAGCAGAAGUACCUGGAGGCCCACGACCGGCUGCUGGCCGAGAGCCACUACCAGCUCGCCCUGGCCUACCACUACAACAGCGACUUCGACGAGGCCGUGCUGCAGUUUGGGAAGUCCAUGGAGGUCAUAGACAAGAGACUGGCAAUACUGACUGAGCGAAUAAAGAAGGCAGACGCUGGGUCCCCUGAGGAUGAGAAGGAGAUAGAAGAACUGAAGGGACUGCUUCCUGAAAUAAAAGAGAAGAUAGAAGAUUCAAAGGAGUCACAGAAAAGUGCAAAAGUAGCUGAGCUAGGACUGAAAGCAACUCUGGUUGGAACUACAUCUGGCUUUGCACAAAGUGAAGACAGUGGUUCUGUGUCCACAAUUCCAGUAAGGAAAGGAGCUGAUGGUGCAUCUCAGUGUGUAACAGACAUCUCUCAUCUAGUCAGGAAAAAGUGCCAACAGUUCAUCUUCCAGACGCCAGUUCUCCAGCUCCACGGCCAGCAGUGCCGCAUCCAGACCGUGAGUGCCAGUGCUGGGGGGCUCUGCUGGCACAGCUGGGGGUGCCUCAGCUGCUGCCUGGGGCCAUGGUCCCUGAGGGGGACAGGCCUGGGCCUGGUGAUGGCGCUUACCCAUCCGCCUGCCCCUGCGCAGCCCCGCCGUUCCUUUCUCCAGCACCGUGGCCUCCAGCUGGAGGUGGAGGAGCUGGUCCAGGAUGGCCGGGUCGUGUCCCCCGGAGCGCAGCAAAAUAAGCACCAAGGGCUGCCUGUGUGGUGCAGGCAUGGGAAGAUGGAGGCUUACCCAACUCCGACCAAGCUGGAUCCUGGAUGUGAUUCCCAGUUUCCCAGCCCAGCACCUGUCCCCAUCCCCCUUCUGUGCCAGACCCAGCUCCACACUACCGAGAUGUCCUGUGGUUUCCUUGCCGUGCCCUGUGCUCCCUCCACAGGCAGAGGGUCCCCCCCACGGAGGCAGGAGCUGCUGGGUGCCGUGGGCCCGAGACACAGCUUCUCCAUGUGCACCCGCAGCAGCGGUCGGGAUCUGAACGCCAAGGAGCAGCGGGGGCAGAGGAAGGUCCCCAUGUCCAACACCCUGGAAAGCAGAUCGGGUGGAGUCACUCGGGGGGGCCACCCCGGUACCCCGGGACAGGCUGGAAGUGGGCACAGACCUGCUGGUGGCGGUGGCUGCAGUGUUUGAAGCCACUGUUGCUAUGCUGGACGCUGGGCUGGGCAGGGAGGGCCCCGCCCCCAGCCCAGGACAUUCCCACUGUUUACCACAGGCACUGAAAUGGGGAAAAAAUAUUGCUGAGCCACCAGAGCAAUCCACAGAGGCCCCGUGUCCCUCUGAGGUUACAAAAUGCUGACAGCCAUGCUUGCCCUGGUGCUGUCCAGGAGUGCUCCUUGCCCACCUUGCAGCAGCUCCCACUUUGCAGACUUUAAGCUAAGGAGGAACCUCCACACAGAGGUGAAAUAGCUUCUUCUGCCCUUUCUUGCCACAGGGGUCCAAGCCCUGCUUUUUCCCAAAAAAGCUCCCUGUAUUCCAUCCUUGCACCCACCUCAGCUCUGCCUGGCAAGUCCCUACCAGUUUUUCCCCUCACCUCACUGCCAGUGGUACUCAUCAUUUGCUCAGGAAAAAGCUGCCAUUUGAUGGAUAGGGACUUGCCCUGCCAGGCUCACCCAGGGGCUGCCACUGCCACUUCCAAAGUUUCAUUGAUAGUUAAACCCUGCACAGCCCACAGGAGGGUCAGGUGAAGCACAAGGAGCUCCUGGCACACAUAGGCCAGGCUGGUCCCACUCCAGAGUGCUCAGCAAUCAAAUUCCCCCAGUCCAAAUGGCUGUCAGCAUGGAUCUCAGGUGAAGGGGUUUUUAAAUUUACCCCAUUUCUUGAAAUCAGUGCACACAGAUCUGCAUAACUUGGUUUAAAUGGAUAUAGGAAGUUAAACUUUAAAAAAAUGGACAGGCUCUUUCAGACAAAAGCAGUGUUUGAAUAUUCAGAAGGAACAAGAUGGUUUGUGCAAAGUCGUACAGGAGCCCCAGCACCUCCCAAGCAUUCCCAGGCAGCCUCAGCCCCUGGACCCUGGUUUCCAGAGCACAGGGAUGAAGAAAUGCUCCACUGCCCCUCUCUGGAGCUCACGGCAGAGCCAGCAGGAGCUGGAGGCACAGGUAGCAGAGUUACACCCAAUAAUGCUGAGCGUGCGCCCUUGAAUCCAGAUGCAAAGAUUCAGGACUAAACAUUAUCAUUUUCUUACAUCUCUGUCCUCUCUGCCUGGCCAGGAAUGGGUUAAAAACACACAGGCACAACCUUGGGACAAACCCCCUCAAGUCAGCAGUGUGACUCUGUCCCACACCCCUGCAAACACUGCACAACCCCAGAGCACUUUCCAAUCCAUCCAAAACCGUUGUGCACAAGCUGAACUUACACCAGACACUAAAAUAGCUUAGGCCACAACUGAGUU